AAUUAGAAUUGACAUUUUUCCAGUAACAUGUUUGAAUCAAAAUAUUAUAGUUUAUUUAUAAUCAUUUUUGUUGCAUUUAUUAUGACGAUAAAAAAUAUACGCAAUGAACAACUUUUUCGACCUAAUCUUCCAGCUGGUGAAUAUAAAUUGAAGAUAAUAGCAGCUUUUAAUUGUAAUACAAGUAAAAAUUAUUUGAUUGAUAUAAACCUGCACGUUUCAAAAGUUUCAAAUACGAAAGUAAUAUUGACUGGAAAUAUCAACUAUACGGUUCCAUUUGACGAUUCUUUAAAUUCAAAUAUCAACAUGGCUGUUUUUAACAAAAUAGGAGGAUGGACAAAUAACGCGUUCGUUUAUACUACAAAAAAAGCAUGUAGCACCACUAAAUUUAUGUUAAGAGAUGGAUGGAAACUUACUUUGGAUAGUAUGAACAUUAGUAAUUAUAAUUGUCCUAUAAAACCUGGAAAAUAUGAAAUGACUAGAUUAGAUCCACAUGAAUUAUUCCAGAAAAUAUUAAGGGCUAAAGAUUUUUUUUAUGGUACAUACAAGGUUCAGUACUUUAUAACGAAUAACAAAAAUAUAGAAAUUGGAUGUUUAAUUGUUAUCUUAGAUAUACUUAGACUGUGGGAGAAUUAAAUGUAUUCCGACAUAUCAAAAAAUGUAUUAUUCCAGUUAUUUAUAACACAUAUGUUGAUUCAUUCAGGAUAACAUUCAUUUUC